AUGACUAUCAACUUUAUACCAGGGGAGGUGAAUAAAAGCUCUUGCUCGGUGACUCAGGCCAACUGGAAGAAUCAUCAUGUUGUCAUCUAUGGAUCAGGCAAUAACCUAAUUCUUGUCACAGGCAGCAUUUCCAGCAGCAAUAAAAACCCAAACCCUUAUAACAUUGAGAAAAAUCUACAGACUAUCUAUCUUCUGAAGGACCCCCGAGCAGUGGAUCUCAACACAAGGCGUGGCACUAUUGCAGUGGGCUACGACAAUGUCUGCUUGAUUUUCAAGCCGGUGAAUGAGUACAUGCGAGUACCGAAAUGGACGUUGGCCCUGCAGGUGGAGUUGAAGGAAGGAACAAAGAUCAAUUGUCUCGAGUGGGCAAGCGGAGAAGACGAGUUGAUAAUUGGGGCAAGUGACGCCAUCCUGCUAUUCCAUUUUUACGAUGACUGCGACGAGUUGAGGUUCAAGAAGCGCUGGAGCUCGCGUCAGCUGAACCCUGUGUACAGGCUCUGCGUUACUCCGAAUGCAAAGAUCAUUCUCGCGACAACGGGGCCGUAUGACCGACUAGUCAAGGUGUGGACGAGGAUCAACUACGGCGACGACAACACCUUAUUUGAGAUCUCGUACCUUCCGCAUCGCAAGGGCACCAGCGUCAAGGAGUUUUACUGGAGGAGAAACUUCAAAAGCGCGGAAAGUGCUCCUGCUAACAAGAUUGUCGACUCCUCAAUGGCCAACAUUAAAAACAUUCGAGGCUACAUCAACACGGCAAAUGAGGAAAGCGAAGUCAUUUACACGUUAACCACCGAGGACGAGUUUAAAGUGUGGGCAUCGUACGAAUCGAGCGGCCAUAACCAAAUCAGUAACUGGGCCAGUUUGAACUUGGGCGACAUUUUCAAAGAUGGCGACAAAAUCAGCUCGGCGCUCGUCAUUGAGCAUGCAUACUUGGCCAGCUUUUUAACUGAAAAGGCACACGAAAACCUCUUAUUUCGCGACGUGAAUCUCAGGGACUUUGAUUUGCUACUAGUGACCUCUUUGUCUGGCCACGCGAGAGUCAUUGCCAUUUCUAACAUCUCGCAAACUCCACCGAGCAAUAUCAAGUUUACCCACAUUGGCAAAGACAACGACGACUUCAAGUUUGGCCGCAAUGAGUUCCCACUCCUUUCGCAACCGCAACUUACCGAUGUGGGGUUGACCUCAGAUUACAUCCAGUCCAAGGAGUUUAUAUCGACAAAACUUUACCCAGUGAUUGCCAAUGGCUUGUGUAGGGUCAGCAACGACGACAGAGUGCAGGCGCUCUCCUUUUUAGUUCAUGAUAGAAUCAAAAACACCCUAAGAUUCGAGUUGUUGGACUUGAGGCAGAUCUUUGAGCCACUGGAAACAAGCGGCUCCUCGGUUGGGGCAAUUUUGCUCAGCAAAUACCAAGGGCACAGAAAAUCGAUUCGCAAACUUGUGAGGUCAAACUCGUUAUACACAACAAAAAACCUCGUCUUGUCCAUAUCCAACUUUGCCGAGCACAACUAUAUUUGGGAGCCACUAGUUUAUGAAGAAAACGGCAUCAAAAUCAUGUCCAUCACUAGAAGAUUCCAGUUGUGUGUGGAACAGGAGGAUGAUGGCAAAUCAGCCGAGCCCAACGGUAUUUGGGACGCUGCGAUAAUCAACGAUAUUGAGCCUCCCACGGAUGAAAAAAGGCGACACCUCGUUGUGGUUUGUGAAAAGGUUGGGCAUAUUAGUUUGUGGGACUGCAACGGCUUUAGACAAGACGAUCUACCUGCAAAACAAAUUUAUAGACUCUCGGUCGAGAAUUCGAGGCCCAAAGCCUUGGCCAUGACUGAAUUUCCCGGAGAACUGGCUGCUGACAUACCGGUACGACAAUACAUUGUUGUCGCGGUGUACGAAAAAGAUGCAAUUCGUGCUUGGAAACUAAGCUUGAAGUACGCAAAUGACAAAGUCACCGAGAUUGAGUUUAAGGACCAAAAGAUUGCAAAUUUGCCGCAGGAGGAGCAGAUACAUCAGGUGACGAAAGUUGACGCGUUUGUCACGCAAUCCAGGAAAAGCUUGAUUGCGGUGAUUGACCGCACUGGAUUGUUAAAGAGUUACACGUUGGACUUUGGGCUGCUGCCCGAGGAAGUUUCGUGGAUCAACAGGUUCACGCUUGCUACCAACAUCAAGGACGCCGAAAAGAUUAAUGGAUCUACCGUCAUUGACAAGUUUGCCGUUGUUGGAGAAGGAGGAUACCACUUGUCGAUUUGGGACGUCGACCAGGGCGUAUUAGAGUAUGAAGAAAGAUAUGCCAGCAGUAGCAGCCAGGGACGAAUCAAGGAUUUGGACUGGACGUUCAUCAAUGCCAGUUUGACAGAGAAGCUGACUACAAGCGCGAUAUUGUCGGUUGGGUUUGAUCGGUUUGUCUCGUUGUUCACGCAAUUGAGGUACGAUUACACCAACCGGAUCCCCACCUACGCCGCGAUUAAAAAGAUUGACAUUUCAAAAUACACGUCGCAUGAAAUUGGGGACCUGAUUUGGCUCGACGAUGGCUAUUUGGUGAUUGGUUCUGGUAACCAGUUUUUCAUCGACGACAGGUGGGUCAAGCUUGGCUCGACUGGAAUCGACUCGACAAUGAGGCAGCUUAUGAGUGGGUAUGUGAAGAAGAAGAAGAAGAGCAAGGACAAGGAUAAAGAAACAGAGAAGCAAGACUCGCAGGAAGUAUUUGAUGAUUCAGACACCGUUUAUGACAUCUCCCAUUUGGUGCGCGUCUUGAACGGACCACUACCGAUCUACCACCCGCAAUUUUUGAUCCAAGCGUUGUUUAUGAGCCAAAUUUUGCCCGUGCAAACCAUUUUGGUGAGGUUGUUUCAAAUGUUGAGACAAGGCGACGACGUGACCUGGGACUUGGGGAUCGAUUUCGAGGACGAGAUCCACAAGAGUCUCGACGUGUCAUUUACCGGUAAAGAGGCUCGCAAAAUCAAGCCAUUGCAGCGACGCAUGUCUCUGAGCUAUAGCCUUGACGUGUUUACAAAAUUCACAGCCGAAUUAGCCGACUUGUUAACCAAAAAAUUGAUGACCCUUUCCUUGCCCUUGUUGACUAGACACCAACAAAGCACGUUGGUGUCUGUUAUUGCCAUCGUGAAGGAUCUCAUUACGAGUGCAUCGAUGUUGGACGACAAUGGGUUGAGGUUCAUGAUUGGUUUCAAGUUGUUCCAGUUGUCCGCUAAACAGAAACGGUUGUCGAUGAGAGAUAUCAAUUGGGCCUUGCACUCCGAUAGCAGAGAAAUUUUACUUUCCAGUGUGGAAACAUACUACAAGAACCGCUUGGUUUGGGAAAAUGUGAAAAAGACCGGGUUGGUGUACUGGGUAAAGACGGAGCGGUUGGUGAAAGUCGUUGAGAGUGUCGUCAAAAACGAAUUUGGAGAGUCACGAGACCCCUCGGGGAUCAUUUCCUUGCUCUACCUUGCCUUGCGCAAGAAGCAGAUUCUCAUUGGCUUGUGGAAAAUCGUUCAACAUGAAGAGAAAACCAAGAUGAUCAAAUUUUUGAGCAACGACUUUACGGACCCGAGAUGGAAAUCGGCGGCUUUGAAAAAUGCGUUUGUUUUGUUGGGGAAACAUCGGUAUCUUGAUGCCGCGUAUUUCUUCUUGCUAGGAGACAAGCCGUACGAUUGCUGCAGUAUAAUUGCCAACAAGAUCGGUGACAUUGCGUUGGCUAUAGCUGUUGCAAAAGUGUACUGCGGAACAAAGACGAUUGGCAAAGAGUACGACGAAAGUUUGGUUAACUUGAUUGAAAAGUAUGUUCUUCCCGAUGCCAUUGAAAACGGCGAUCGGUGGACAACAAGCUGGGUGUUUUGGCAAAUCGACGAUAAGCCCUUGGCCAUUGAGGCGUUGAUCAAGACCCCCAUGGACAUGAUUACUGGAAACCUGUCGAAAUUUCCCCAUUAUUCCGACAUUAUGGUAUCAGCCAAGGGACAAAGCUUCUUGCGUGAUGAUCCCGUCUUGAUCUUGUUGUUUAACGACUUGAGGCUGCGCAGUGUCAGCUAUCACAAGGGAUCCAUGAACAUUUCUCCAGACGAGGAGUUCCAGUUUGUCAUCAAGGUUGCACGGAUAUACACGAGAAUGGGGUGCGACUAUCUAGCGUUGCUUCUUUUACGAAGCUGGACAUUUUCUACGCAAUCAUUGCUGGAGUCUGCUAUGCCGCCAGCAGCAGCAGCAGCAGCAGCAACAACUACUACCGCAGAGAGUAAAGAUGACAGCAGUUUUAUCAGCAGGAAUGGCUUUGGUCAUGAGGAGGUGAAUCGGAAUGGCAGUGGUAAACCCUCCAACAUCUUGGAUUCUUUUAAAAACGACGACGACCAUUACCGCACCAACAAGGCUCCACCGCCCGCACAGGCAUUUGAAGAGCCGGACAUGAGCGCUUUCAACUUUGGAUUCUAA